GUAGAAUAAAAUUUAAGUAAUAAUCAAAACAAAUAUUGUAUUUAAUGAUUUGUGCAUCAAAUGGCUCAAACUAGCAUUCUCAACGCAUUGUUCAUUGUAUUCAUCAUUGCUUGUUUCUCUGCUAUGGCUGAAACUUCAGCGCCAGUGCUGCUUUUGCUUCAUUGUGUUCCGGUGAGUUGAUUGAAACUUCUCUUCUUCUAUGUGGUGUUGCUAUUUUCAGGCACUAGAAUUUUCAUUUAAAUGAUUAUUGUAAUUUUUCAGUGAUGAGAGAUUGUGUUUUAUAUAGAGGGGUUUGUUAGGGAAUUAGGAGCUAUUGUUGUGAUUGAAUGCUAUGUAUUGAGAUUUAAUCUUUUGGAAGUAUAUAAUUCCAAUUAUAUAAGUUUGUUGAGUACAAAAUGUUGGAUUAUUUUUGUAACCAUUCGGUUUUUCUUUCUCCACUGUUUGAUCUUGAAGUGAUAAUUCUGCUAAAUAAGAGGUGAUUAUACCUGUAAAUACGUUUAUAAUCGUAUAAUCUGGCAAUUAACUACCCGAAAAGAAAAGAAACAAGGCUUUUGUACAGAUUUUUUGUGUUUUGGUAAUUGAAGCAAAAACUCAAUUUCAUAGUCUUUUACUACUCCAAAUGUUUCAUGAAUUUUCUUUUUAUUUCUUUCUAUCGCACAAAGAUCUGUAAGGAUGAAAUAGGAAGGAUAGGAAAGAGAUCGAAUUUUCAUGUAAUUGAGGUACAUAAAACAGAGGAAAAGAAGUAGUAAUUAUUGAAGACCCAUAGGCUGGACAUUAAUUUAUUUGGAACCUAAAGUUUAUACUUUAUACAUGACUUGGUAAUUAAUUUACCUACUUGUUUAACGUUAGUGUUCGUGAAAAUUUAAGCAAUGCAUUUGCCUGUCUUUGUUGAUGGCCCUUUCUUAUGCUAAAAAUGUAACGCCUAUAUAGAAAAAAUGACUAGAGCAUUGAGAACUCAGCCUUCUAUCCUCUUUAUAGUCUUUAUCAACACUUCCAAUUCUAACAAAGCUCCUCAAAAGCACCCUUUUUUUUCAAUUAACUUACAUACAUAUUCUCAAGCAAAGUGUAUUGCAAUUCGUCUAAACUUAAUCUUCUCUUUACACACUCUUAUCACACCUGCCCCUUCCCCGCACAAACGACACAAUAUGUGUACAAAAUCUACCAAAUUGAAGGCUUUCUUGUUUCCAUGGCUGGCGUAUGGUCACAUCUCUCCAUUUCUUGAGCUAGCCAAAAAACUCGCUGACAGAGGUUUCUUGGUUGACCUAUGUUCUUCACCUAUUAACCUAAGUUUCAUCAGAACAAGAAUCCCAGAAUGCUAUUCUUCCUCAAUUCACCUUGUGGAACUCGAAUUACCAAACUCUCCAGAGCUUCCUCCUCACUAUCAUACAACCAAUGGUCUCCCACUGCAGCUACAUUCCACCCUUCAAAAAGCCCUCAAAAUGGCCAAACCAAAUCUCUUCAACAUCUUGAAAACUCGAAAACCCGACUUGUUAAUCCAUGAUGUCAAGCAAUUAUGGGCUGCUGGUGUGGCUUCUUCCCUUAACAUCCCAAGUGCUAGAUUUUUCACUUCUUGUGCAGCUAUGUGUUCUUAUUUCAGCCACUUGUUUGUGAAACCGGAUGUUGAAUUCCCCUUUCAAGCUCUUCGUUUAUGUUCUUAUGAGCUAACAAGAGCUCAUAAAGUGGUUAAGGAACAUCGUGAAGACGAUGAUCCUGAAGUGAGAGCUCCAGAAGAAUUUACUGGCAUGAUGCUAAUAGGCACGUCGAGAGAGAUAGAGGGUAAAUACAUCGAUUAUAUGUCCGAAAUAAUCAAAUUUAAGGUCUUACCAAUUGGUACACUAGUUCAAGAUCCUAUGGCUAGUGUUGAUGGAAACAUGGAGAUUAUGGAUUGGUUAGGUAAAAAAGAUAAGUUCUCAACUAUACUAGUCUCUUUUGGGAGUGGAUAUUUCUUGACAAAAGAAGAAUUGAAGGAAGUAGCUUCUGGAUUAGAGCUUAGCCAUGUGAAUUUCAUAUGGGUAGUUAGGUUUCCAAAAGGGGAAAAUUUAAGUCUUGAAGAGGCAUUACCACAAGGUUUUUUGGAGAGAGUUGGUGAUAGAGGGAUGGUUAUGGGAGGAUGGGCCCCACAAGCAAAAAUUCUAACUCAUUCGAGUAUCGGUGGAUUCGUGAGUCAUUGUGGAUGGAAUUCGAUUUCAGAAAGUAUAGAUUAUGGUAUUCCGAUUAUUGCUAUGCCCAUGGAUCUUGAUCAACCUGUGAAUGCUAAAUUGCUAGUGGAAAUUGGAGUAGCUUUGGAGGUUUUGAGGGAUGAUAAUGGAUCACUUCAUAGAGAAGAUAUAGCAAGAGUUAUCAAAGAUGUAAUAUGUGGAAAAUCAGGGGAGAAUUUGAGAUGUAAUGUGAGAAAUUUGGGUGAGAAGUUGAGAUUUAAAAAUGUGGAAGAUAUUGAUGCAGCUGUUAUGGAGCUAACACAACUUUGUCAUGAUGAGAAUAAGAGCAAGAAUUGUUAACCUUUCUAGCUGGUUAAUUUAAUUAUUGUAUGAAGCAUAAGAAAUUUUUUCUUAUUGUAAUGUUGAUUAUUCUAUUAUCAUUACAAAUAAGUAUGUCGAAUCGAUAGAAAUUAGUAUUUCCAAUUUGCUUCAUUCAGAAUAUAACUCGUUAUUUUCAU